AUGGCGCAGGAGCUCAAGCUCUUGAACGAUGAGCUCGAGUUGCUCAAGGCCGAGUUCAAGAAGCUGCAGACGAGCUAUGUCGCGCUCCAGACAGUACCAACUGCGCGACUGCUCGUGCCGACGUACGGCGGCGAUCGCCGUGUUGGGGUACUUGCUACUGAGCUUGCCAAUCUUUUAACACUGGAUGCCGAACCAACAGCGACGUACUGCGCCAAGGAGCCCAGUGCGCUUGAGCCGGCCAUUCAGAUCGACCAAAACGGCCUCGUUCGUGGCCAAUGGAAGAGCGAUACCUUCGACUGCCUCGACGACUUCUGGCCCAACGCGUGCAUGUCGUGCUUGUUUCCUUGCGUCGCCCUCGCGCAGGUCGCCCACCGCACCGGGUUUGCAAAGUACGGCAUCACUCUCUUGACCUUUGGCCUCGUGUUUACCAUCUACCUCAUUACUUCGUGCAUCAUGACUGGCCUCGCGUGGUCCACGAGUGGCCCCGCGUGGUUCUACGGCAGCGCGUGGGCCUUUGUCAACUACAUUUGCCUGGCGAUGUGUGCCAUCUGCGUCAUGCUCGUGCGCGCCGACGUUCGCAAGAAGCUCUCGAUUCCAGGCUCGCUCUUCGAAGACUUUGCUUGCGGUCUCUUCUGCAAGUGCUGUGCGAUCGCUCAAAUGGCAACACAAACCAACACGUACGAGCCGAAGGUCUGCGCCUUUGGCCCGAAGGACACGUUGCCGGCAUUCACCUCGAUGGCGUAAACAACAUAUCGAAACAUGAUUUUUGCUUUUCAACAA